AUGGGAAAGAGGAAGCGUUGUGAUAAAGUAAUUACUAUCGAUUCUGAUUCUCCUUCAGCUUCAGAGGACCCUGGAGAUAAGCCUCCCAAACAGCAUGCUCGAAGAAGUAGGAUUACUGAAAUACAGGGUGAAGAGAUAGAAGGGACUACAUUACAGUCUCCUGAUUCUGAAGAAGUAAAAACCACUCCUCAGGGUCAAAAGUUGACAAAGAGAUUGAAAGGCAAGAAUGCUGCCUCUAAAUCCACAAAAAAGCUGGACUCUCUAACAUUUGACAUCCACUUCAAAAAUAUGUGGAGGAGCUUCCCGGAAGAUAAGAAGAAGAUAAUUACAUACUUUGACAGCCUAUGGUUUGCCAUUUACAUGAAGAAAUCCUCAAGAGAAAAUAUGCUGACUUGGAUCAAGGAUAAGGACAUUUUUUCAAAGAAAUACGUUCUAGUUCCUAUUGUUUGCUGGGGUCAUUGGAGUCUUUUGAUCUUCUGUGGCUUUGGUGAGAGAUUGCAAUCAGAAAAUGAACUUCCAUGUAUGUUAUUGCUGGAUUCACUUCAGAUGGCAGGCCCCAGGCGUCUUGAACCAGCAAUAAGAAAGUUUGUGUUGGACAUUUACAGAUCAGGAGGCAGGCCUGAAAGCAAGCAGUCAAUUUCCCGGAUCCCAUUACUGGUGCCUAAGGUGCCACAACAGAGAGAUGGUGAAGAGUGUGGCAACUAUGUUCUGUAUUUCAUAAAUUUGUUUGUGGAACAAGUUCCAGUUGAGGACUUUAGUGUGAAGAAGUACCCUUACUUUAUGACAGAUGAGUGGUUCAAUCUUGAAGAAUUCCAGGAAUUCAGUGAGAAACUCAAUGCCCCUGAAAAGUGA